AUGUCCGUCCCAGUCAGACCUCUGACCUCCUUCCUCAUAGAGGACAUCCUGUCCACGGAGGACGGCACAAGUUUUAACAGCAAACGCUGUUCGCAGAAGAGGGAAAGAUGCGCCCAGUGGGAGGAAGGAGCAGAGAAGUUGUUGGAGCCACGCUGCCGUCAGGAGACGGCAUUCGGAGUUCAGACAGCGUCUGUGGACCCGUCCCACCACGGCUCCUCCGAGUCCGGCAGCUUCUCCUCCUCCUCCUCCUCGGCGGGGGGGAAGCAGAAGCGCUCCAGAGCUGCGUUCACACACCUGCAGGUGCUGGAACUGGAGAAGAAAUUUAACCACCAGAAAUACCUGUCGGCCCCGGAGAGGGCUCACCUGGCCGGCACCUUAAGACUAACGGAGACGCAGGUGAAGAUCUGGUUUCAGAACCGCAGGUACAAGACCAAACGGAAGCAGCAAACCUCCCAGUUCUGCAGGGACGUGUGCAAAGCAGAGGGACUGGGAGACGAGCUGCUUCGAUCGUCCCUGAUCUCGUCCUUCUGCAAAGCGUACCAGUACAGACCCUACCUGUGGGACUACAGCGGCCCCUGGGGGCCGACGCUAUGGUGA